AUGAUGAAAGUCAAAUCGAAAAUUGAAUUCAUCGUUCACGUAGAUAACUAUAAAAAUGUAGAUAUUCUCACUUUCUAAGAAGGUUUCUACCACUUGAGAUUUAUCAUAUAUGUUGUUUUUAACAAUACAAAGCAAGUAAUUCUAGCGUAACCAACUAAUAUUGUUGACUUGGAUAAAUCAAGAUAAAAAUAUAUUUUAAAAAAUAAACUUAAUACAAAUAAUAAUGGAGAACAAUAAGAUACGUAGAAACGUAAAAACAAAGCUAAAAGCAUAAUAGUUCCUCAUAUUUUUAAUGAAUAUCACGCUUACUGUACAAAGACGUUUUUAAUAAGAUCAUUUUUUGAUGAUGAAAUAGUUGGAAUAAAUGAAAUAUGCACAUUUGAAUUGGAUCUCGAAGAUUACCCUCUGCCUCCAGAUGCUUAGAUUAUGAUCGAUUGUGAGCUAAUGUAUGCAUAACUUCCUGAUGAUAAUUAAGAAAUAUAAACAUCCCUUAAAACCAAUCAAAUUUAAUUUAAUUGCGUCUCAUUAUACAAAGCAGAAAUCAACAAAGAAAAUAUAAAAUCUGGUAUAAGUGAAUAUGUGCCAAUUAUUUUUGAUGAAGAUCACUUCAACCUAGCAGGAUUAACUUUACAUUCAUGCAUCACUGAUUUUUGUCAAGCAAGUGGCAACCACGAUUAAAUGAAUUCUCUUAGCAAUCAAAAAUUAAUUAAAUAAAACAGACUUCAACAAUAAACAAAGCAUUACAUGUAGCCAUUUGAUUCUUAAAUUGAUCAAUUUCACACACUUAAACAAAAUAGUAAUGAUGAGUUGAUGAAGUUUUAUGAAACAUAUAUUUCUCUACUACGUGAUUAAUAUUUAGUGACAUGCUCAAACAUAAAGGCAAUUAAGAAAUAUUUUGAUGAGACAGUGACUUGCAAGGAUAUAGUUUACCAAUCAUUGUUUGAGAAAUAUUUACCUGAUGAUUUGCCUGCAAGUUGUGUAAGAUAUAAAUCUAUGUACACUGCAUUUUCUGGAAGUACAGUUGCAGAAAAAGAAUUUAUUUACUAAGGAGAGAAACUUAUAGAAAAUAUAGUUAAGGAAUUAAAUCAGUUGAACAAACUAAAUAUAGCAGUGUGGUACAAGUUCUAAUAAAUGUUUCUAGUUAAUAGCUCCUAGAUAACAAAGAUAUUGAGAAAAAGAUAUAAUAGAUUUAAUAAGCAACUAUGGGAAGAUUUUAUAUGCUCAAGAUCAGUAAUAGUUGACAAUCACUCAAUUUUUACUAAUACCCUUUAAAUUCAACAAAAUGAAGCAGAAUCAAAAUUAGUAAGGUAAAAAGCUUUAACUAAAGAAAAUGCUUACUAUAAUGCUGUUAAAGACAUUCGUAUUCUUUCUGAUAAAAUGCAAAAUCCAGUCAUAUUUAAUGAUAUUUUCUAGUUAAAGUCAAAAGACUAUGAUGACAUAAGAAUCUUUAAAAAAACAGCUUUUCACCUUUUUGUUUUUGUACACGGAUUUCAAGGAAAUGCUUUUGACAUGAGACUUAUAAAAAACCAUAUGAUGCUUCUCUAUCCAGAAUGUCUCUUUUUAUUAUCAAUAUAGAAUGAAGGUAGGACAGAAGGAAAUAUUGAAGAUAUGGGUAAAAACUUAGCUAAAGAAAUUAUAGAUUUUGUUAAAAAGUGGUGUCCAGGAAAAUAAUUGGGUAAAAUUAGUUUUGUUGCUCAUUCCUUAGGUGGUGUUAUUGUUAGAGCAUGUCUUCCCCUAUUGAAAGAAGAUUUCUAAGAUAAAAUGUUUACUUUCUUGAGUUUUGGUGUGCCUCAUCUUGGAUAUAUGCAUUCCAAGCACAGUUUAAUUAAUAUAGGUUUAUGGUUCCUAAAAACUUGGAGAGGAUCUGUGUGCUUAAAUUAAUUAGAAAUGAAGGAUCACAAAGAUUUAAGACAAACUUAUCUCUAUAAUUUAUCCAAAUAAGAAGGAUUAGAAUGGUUUAGAAAUGUUGUAUUUUGUUCUAGUACCCAAGAUCACUAUGUACCUGUUGAAUCUGCAAGAGUGGAAAAAUUACAGGAAUAAGGAGGACAGUCAAUACAAGUUUAUAAUGAAAUGGUUGAUAAUUUACUUUCUAAUCUCAAAAACGAUAUUUAAAGACUGGAUAUAAACUUCGAAAUUAGUGAAAAGGGAUUAGAUACAUUUAUUGGAAGGAAAGCUCAUAUAUUAUUUUUGGAAUUGCAAUCUUUAAUGAGAAUGAUAAUUCAUAAUUUUGAUCAUCUUUUUAUUUGA